CGAUCGAUCGUCGUCGUCGUCGUCGUUGUUGACGUUUGGAUGGUGAUCGCCAUCGUGGCUUUGGUUUUUAUUUUUCGGGGUGGAGGGUUCGACUUUGAGUUGAGCUUGGAGUCCGUUUUGGGUCGGGCGCAGUUUCACGUUGGUGGUUAACCAAGACGGUCGGGUUCGUCGCUUCCAGUCGCGUUCAAGUCUCCCUGGAGUAGGAAUCCCAACCCCCGUAACGAUCGUGUGCUCUCGAAUUCCGUUUCUUACGCUGUCGUAAGGCCGCCCAUGUGGUUGAAGUGCGAAAGGGUGUACCGCAUGGUUAGUGCUCAACGAUCGUUGCCAGUUGCAAAUAGUUAGGAGGUGAAGUAAUUUGUCAACUGUGCGAGCGCGUGGAGCAAAAUUACCCAAGUGGUCGGUUGUGUAAUAUGGUUUUUGAAGAAAAUAGCAAGUGACGAAUGGAAAUAAAACCACUUUGCUUGGCUGACGUCGAGACACAGAAGAUCGAGAAAUUGAAAAUCCGGAGCAGUUUCACAUAGGAUUUGCGGUUUUUAGGCCACUUAAAGCUUAAAAUAGAUUGUUUAAUUUCUUUGUCGUUCGAGUCGUGUUUGAAUUUGAAUUAAGUGCAAUCCGUUGACCGACCACCGGUUCAUCCAUUUUGGGGGAUAUUUGUGAAUCGGGAAGGCAGUUACGUAAGGAGCAGCAGCGUAAGAAGCAGACUCGGAUUGAACACCCGAAACACAAGAGGACACUCACAAAGCAGCCAGACACACAACGAGGAAGAAAAAUGAGACCAAACUGGAUUAACGUUUCAAUAACUGCGUUGAUCGUAACGAUGCUUGUUAUUGCAACUUGCCUGGCCGAAGACGGAGGUGGAGGAGGAGGUGGAGGUGGCGGCGGAAGGAAGACACCAGCGUUAAAUAUUUCUGGAAUUGCUGUUGCCAAGACGGGCGUUAAAGGUUCUCGUUUGCAGACUACGCCGUCAACGACGACAACGCCAUCGAAGAAGAAGCGCAAGAAGCCAAGUACGGAUGACGACGAUGACGAUGAUGAUGACUUCCUCGAUUUCCUAGGGGACGACGACGAUGAUAGUGAUGAUGAUGAUGAGGAGGAAGAGGACGACGAUGAUGAGGAUGAGGACGAAGAAGAGCAGGAAGAAGAAGCGGAGGAAGAAACCAGCACCGAUGGUGGCAGUCGAUUGUGGUCAGCAGAUGCAAUUCAUAAGAUAUCUGAAACCCUGGGGGCGUUGAAUACCGUUGGUAGGUACAUCGUGAACAUUACCAAGGGGCAGGAGCCUACUCCCGUGAACGCGAUCAACAAAGGUCAGAAGGAGAACGUACCGAACGCCAUAUUGACACUGACGAAAACGAUGCUGGGUCCAAAUGUUACAAAGACUAUUGAACCAUUGAUCAAACGAGUGGGUGUUGCGGAAGUCGAAUCUACGGUAAGUCCGACGGUAACGAUUUCAACCACCACCGAAGCUGUUAGUACUACAGAAUUGACUACCUCUACUACUGAAGUGGCGGAAGUAGUUACCGAUGAACAACCUUUGGUAGUUCAGAAAAAGGAAGAUGUCGCAGCUGCAACUCCGUCCAGCGCAAUGCAGAAGAAAAAGAAAAAGAAGAAGAACAAGGUCAAGCGGAAAGAUCCGGCACAUGUUGAAACAACCAAAAAACCAGCUACAAUUAACAAAAUUGUUGAGGCUCCCAAAGACUCGGAGAACUCGUGUACAACCCCGGAUGGGCGUCCGGGGCGUUGUGAAGAUCUGAGUACAUGCCCAGGAUUGUUGCUUGACUUGACUCAUCUUCGAGAGUCUCUAUGCUUUAAGCGCUUAUUUGUACCUGGUGUGUGCUGUCCUUCACCGACAAGCACCUUGCUAACUACUCAUCGCCCAACUCUGCGACCCAUCCCUCAAACCACGUCGCAAAGCUUAGUUCUGAGUCCAAUUUCUACCAAGCCAACCACCACAAAGCGUCCGUUGGUUCCGGUGUUCACCGUAACCACCACUGAGCAGAUACUUGCUGCCACUUUGAAGCCCAUUGCCGAAAACUUAGUAGAUCCGGACGACUGCGGCCAGCAGGAGUAUUCAUCUGGACGAAUUGUCGGCGGCAUUGAAGCUCCCGUCGGUCAAUGGCCGUGGAUGGCAGCCAUAUUUUUACACGGCCCGAAAAGAACGGAGUUCUGGUGCGGUGGCUCGUUGGUUGGAACAAAGUACAUUCUGACGGCAGCCCAUUGCACGAGGGACUCUCGGCAGCGGCCGUUCGCCGCCCGUCAGUUUACCGUUCGAUUGGGGGACAUUGACCUUUCGACGGAUGCCGAACCAUCCGCUCCGGUGACCUUUAAGGUAACGGAAGUGCGUGCUCAUCCAAAGUUUUCCAGGGUAGGAUUCUACAAUGAUAUUGCGAUUCUGGUACUGGACAGGCCGGUGCGCAAAUCCAAGUACGUGAUUCCGGUGUGCAUGCCCAAAUCUAAUCUUCCGUCGAAGGAACGGAUGGCUGGUCGCCGCGCAACGGUGGUCGGUUGGGGCACAACCUACUACGGAGGAAAAGAGUCAACCAAACAGCAGCAGGCCACGCUUCCUGUUUGGCGUAACGAAGACUGUAACCAUGCGUACUUCCAGCCUAUUACGGAUAACUUCCUGUGCGCCGGGUUUUCGGAGGGUGGCGUUGAUGCCUGCCAAGGGGAUUCUGGAGGACCGUUGAUGAUGUUGGUCGAAGCAAGGUGGACGCAAGUCGGGGUGGUUUCGUUCGGAAAUAAGUGUGGGGAACCGGGAUAUCCGGGGGUUUAUACCAGGGUAAGCGAGUACAUGGAAUGGAUACGGGAGAAUACGAAAAAGUAACGAUCGUAGGGGAGAAAGUCUUCUAAGAUAGAACGAACACAUCGCCAUAAGAAAAAAAUAAAUAAAGAUACCAAUAUGUGAUAGAAGUAGGGAAGAUGCGAUUAUUUAAACAAGUAUUUUGUACAUAAUUUAUUCUGUCCUCUGUUAGAUUUAUACGCUAACUUAUGUAACUUAUUGGCAGCUAUUUGAACGGUUUCUAUGUGUCCUUAAAUUAUAAUGAGAUAUUUAGAUAAUGACAACACGUACAACUAACCAAAAGAUCUGUUCUGCUGCUUUCCAUUUAUUUCAUAAUAGACCGUUUGAGGAGUACUCGAAGAAAUUUUUUUACAACGCCUCAUGGGCGAUUAUUUGUAGAUGUGAUUAAUAAUAAAUGUAUGUAUGAA